AUGCACACACUUUUCUCAUCCAAAUCUCUUAAAGUCUCAAGCGGGUUACCCAGCGAGUACUUGAGCUUUUUCGUGAGCUUCGUAGGCUUUACAGCGUGUACUCCACUUUGGCCUGGUUUACAAUUCCACAAUCAAGAUGGUUCUGGCUCAUAUAGUUACGGUUAUCAAGGGCCUCAUCAUGCAAAAAUGGAAUCUAGAUCGAACGGCAUUACUCAAGGAGGAUACUCUUACGUAGACGCGAAUGGUAUUCUACAGAAUGUAGCUUAUACUGCAGACCCGGUGAAUGGAUUUCGAGUUAGAGCGAGUAAUUUACCGCAACAGCCAGAUAACUCUUUGGUAGCAUUAAACGAAACUCCUGAGGUGGCAGAAGCACGUCGGAAUCACUUGGCGGAGUAUACGAGAAUAGCAAAUUCACUUGGAAUCUCGCAAACUUCAAAUGCUAUUGAUCAAUUCGAGCAAUCAUCCUCCAAAAAUCCUUUCGUUUUAUCAAAGGACGAAGCAUCACGUAUUGAAAUUCCCAAGCCGGCGUUCGACCAAUUUUACCUAAAUAAAAGACCAUCAUCUUCUCCAUUAUUUCCACCGUAUUACAACAGAUUUCCAGUAGAUGUUAGUGUAGGAUCUUAUCCAGUACCCAUUCCACCAGAAGCAAUACGAUCUUCGUCAGCAAUACCGUCACCAAACUCGGUGGUGAUUUCCAAGCGACCUGUCCACUCAUCACUAAGACACACUCAGGACUCCUUGGGUCAGUACGACUACAGCUACACGGGUGACACCAGCGCUAAAAGUGAGUCCAGAUCAUUAGACGGAACAACUCGCGGAGCUUACAGCUACAUCGACGCAAACGGGCUGCUUCAGCAAGUUCACUACAUCGCAGACCAUAAUGGGUUCCGAGUUCUCGCAACGAAUCUACCAGAAGCUUGA